AUAGCCUGAAGGCUGUAAUAAGAGCCUAGAGUGCCGCUCCGAACAUAGGGAUCGAACAAGGUAAUCGAGUAGCUGGGCCAGACUCUCGCGAGGGAAGCUGGAGAGCUCUUCAGCGAAACAGGAAGCCAGGAAACGGUCUCGACGAUCGACGACCCUUAACCACCAGCAUCUCCUCGAUUGCGAAGCACGAACCAUCUCAUCAUGGACGACAUUAGCAAGUCUCUCCAGAACAUGCACAGGUACAGCUUCAACACCCGAGCACAACUAGCCGAGGAGAGGAAAGGAGAAGACUCUACGGGGUUCACCCUCCCCAGCCAGAUGGAUCAGAUCUCUUUAGACGACCCCGUCGAGAGCCCCUUAGCUGUCGACAGCCCCUUGGAUAUCGCUGGUCGACUUCGGACGGGCUACAUGGACGGAAAAGAGGAGGAGAAGAGAAAGAGGUCGUAUGUGGUCAUCUCAGGGGGAACGGCCGCGAACGAUUUCGUACACGCGUUCGGCGAGAACUGUGCCUUCGUCUUGCCAGUCAGUGAUGAUGGAGGAAGCAGCUCAGAGAUCCUUCGAGUGCUAGGAGGACCUGCUAUAGGAGAUAUCCGUUCCCGGCUCAUCCGACUCAUCAAUACCUCGACCAACGAUCCACUCUCUCCGAGUCCCAACGGCGAAUCAUCAAAGAAUGCUCAAACGACACAGGCGGUCCACGAUCUGUUCGCACAUCGGUUCCCGAAGGAUUGUACGGAAAGGCAGGCGAGGGAGAUGUGGGCGGAUCUGGUCGAGGGGAAGAGCCCGUUAUGGAAGAAUGUGCCCAGUGACAGGCGAGAAUGUAUUCGUUCGUUCCUCGUCCACUUCAACACCCUCAUCCUCAAACGAGCCCAUAAACAUUUUUCAUUUCGCAAUUGUUCGGUGGGAAACGCAUUCCUUGCUGCAGCGAGGGACAUGCUAGGGGGUCUGCCGGGGGCCAUCUUCAUUUUCCGAGCAGUCUCGGAUUCGCAACACUCAGGGGCCGUCUUGCCCGUGAUCUUGACCAAUCAGAGGAUCACGAUUGCUGCUCGCUUGGAGAAUGGCUUUUUGAUCACCGGACAAUGCGAGAUCUCCCAUCCCGCUCCUCCACCAAGCAAGAUACUGCCGGAGUCGCAGACCAGCUCCCCAUUCAACCGUAAUAAGCACAGACGGCGAAAAGACUCCAUGUCCUUUGCUACCGGCGAUUCGUCGUCGGAAGAGGACACCUCGACGUCAGAGUCUGAAUUGGAACCCGGAAAGGACGAUUUACUGCAGUAUUCGUCCUCAGUUGAUUCCCUCACGUCGGGUCAACGGUCUGGAGCCUCUACUCCGAGGCCAAUCGAGAGACAAGGCUCGCCUUGGAGAGAGUCCCCUUUGAGUGUGGCCAUGGCUGCGGGAGAGGUCAGGCUUAGGAGUAAGAAGUCUAAGCAACUCUUGUUCAAGAGGGAAAGGACGAUACCCGAGCAUGGUAGCGAUGACGGGCCGGUCGAUCGGAACUCGCUAUACACAAAGGGGAUCGAGGAAGUGCCGUUGCCAUCGAGGAUAGAACGCGUGUUCUACAUAUCGGACUAUGGGCAAGAGAUCAAGCCCGAUCCGAAUGCCGAGAUGCUUCAACACCUCGCUCACAACGACAUGCUCGUAUAUAGCUGCGGAAGCUUGUGGACCAGUAUCGUACCCUGUCUGGCCCUCAAGGGAGUUGCAUCGGCAAUAGCGAAGUCAAAGACGCUGAAAGCCAAGGUCCUCUUGCUCAACUCGAACAACGAUCGAGAAACCGAUGGUUAUACUGCUAUCGACUAUGUGGAUACGAUCGUCCGCACACUGAAUGGAGCCAACCGGGCCAAGAAGACUUCAAGAGAAACCUCUAUCUCGGCCGUAACGAUCUCAGGCAGAUUGAAGCGAGAAUACGAGCCAGCGAGACUGGUCAGUCAUGUCGUUCAUCUGGAGAGCGGGAAAGUCCCUGUAGAGGUGGAUCAACUGAAAGCAAUGGGUAUCGCUACGAUCCGGGUCCCAGCCAACGCAGGAAGCAAAUUCACGACUCGGACUGUAUCCUGGGCGAUGGAGCAGAUCUGAAACUACCUCAUUCGAAAAGUAUCGAACCGAGGGGGGCAGUGUUGCAUACAGCGCGGACUGGUCUAUUCGCGCUGUUGUCCGCGCUGUUUCGAAGACGAUGUUACGUUUGACGACAUCAUACUCAAGGCGCUCACCGCAUAUAUCACGCAGCCUCGGCGACGUAUCUAAGCGAUCGUAGUCGAGCGUGAUCGAU